GUGACUUGCCUUGCCAAUGAGCGUGCUCUUGAUUCUCAUCAAGUCAAAUUGUCGAUUUCAGAAAUGACGAAGACGUUCACUGCAGAGGAAGUUGCGAAACACACAUCGGCCGACAGUUGUUGGGUGGUGCUGUACGGCAAUGUAUAUGAUGUGACAGACUUCCUGCCCUCGCACCCGGGAGGCUCCAGGAUCAUCGUGCAACUAGCCGGCCGGGAUGCAACGGAGGAUUACGACCCAAUACACCCCCCCGGAACGCUGGAGGAGAACCUCAAGGCGGAAGCGAAGCUGGGUCGAAUUGAUCCCGAGACUCUAGACAAAGCGAGCUCUCCGGCGGCCAAAGGAGAGAAGAAGGACGACGACGCGGAUCCUCCGUUAGAGAGCCUGCUGAACCUCAACGAGCUCGAGGAACUGGCUCACAAGAAGAUCUCUAAGAAGGCAUGGGCAUACUACUACUCUGCCGGUGACGACCUCUGGUCUAAAGACUACAACAACCUCGUCUACCGAAAUAUCCUGCUCCGGCCACGUGUCUUCGUGGACUGCACCACCUGUGACCCGUCAACCACGCUCGUGGGGCAUAAAGUCGAUAUACCUCUCUUCGUAUCCCCCGCCGCCAUGGCCCGCCUCGCCCACCCAGACGGUGAACAAGCCAUCGCUCGCGCGGCAGCCAAGUUCGCUGCCAUGCAGGUGAUAUCCAACAACGCGUCCAUGACGCCCGAGCAGAUCGUGUCGGACGCCGCGCCGGGCCAAGUAUUUGGCUGGCAGUUAUAUGUGCAGAACGACAGGGCCAAGAGCGAGGCCAUGCUGAAGCGCAUCAAUAGCAUGAGGGACAAGUUCAAGUUCAUAUGCCUUACGCUUGACGCCCCUGUGCCCGGGAAGCGCGAGAUGGACGAGAAGUCCAACUUCGAGAACGCGGCGCCUGUCGCUUCGGCGGUCAACACGUCCGAUGAGGCGGCGAGGCCUGGGGGAGGCGGCGUGGGGCAGCAGCUUUUCUUCGGCACGGCGUCGGACUUGACGUGGAAGGUUACGCUGCCUUGGUUGGCGCAGCACACGGAUUUGCCGAUUGUGUUGAAGGGGCUGCAGACGCAUGAGGAUGCGUACUUGGCGGCGAAGUACGCGCCCCAGGUUAAGGCGGUUAUAUUGUCAAAUCAUGGGGGGCGGGAAUUGGACACGGCGCCACCGGCCGUGCAUACUCUGCUGGAGAUUAGGAAGUACUGUCCCGAGGUCUUUGAUAAGAUCGAGGUGUGGGUCGAUGGGGGUAUCAAGCGAGGGACUGAUGUCGUCAAGGCCCUGUGUCUAGGUGCCAGGGCUGUGGGGAUUGGGAGGGCGGCCUUGUAUGGGCUCGGGGCUGGCGGGCAGCAGGGUGUGGAACGCACCUUUGAGAUUCUCAAGGCUGAGAUCGAAACAUGCAUGAAGCUCCUGGGCGCAAAGAGCGUCAGCGAUCUAGGGCCUCAACACAUUAACUCGAGGAUGGUGGAGAGAGACAUAUACGAUGGGGAUGCAGGAUUGGACACGACUGGACUUUGGACGAAGUCGAAGCUGUAGAGAGGUAAAUUGCGUCAACUUGCAUCGAGUCAUAGCGAUGUUGAGAGAAAGUUGCAUAUUCAGAUGCCCUCGCAUGGGAUGAAAUUUGAAGAUCUGGGGUAGCGGUGUGUUGUAACACUGUAAAGAGAUGCCUGUGCAUACAUGUAGAAAGUUAUAUUAUUAUCAUCAUCAACCCGUCC